AUGAGGAAGAAGACGAAGCCCGUCAGUGAUCUGUCUUCACGUGCUGGUCUCGUGUUUCCCGUCCAGCACUUUCAUCAAGCACUCGGCGACGGAAAGCUCCCGCGGGCAGUCGACGAGGAAGCGGCGGUGUUUCUCACAGCCGUGUUGGAGUUCCUUGUGGCCGAGAUCUUGACUUUGGCGGGACAAGAUGCUGUACUGAAUCAGUCAAAUAAGAUCACGUUACAUCAUCUCCCUGGACUGCAGGACAAAAGGAGAUACGCAAUGUUGUUGGAAGAAGAAAAGGAGGAGGAGGAGGAGGAGGAGGAAGAGGAAGAAGUGGUCGGUGUGACGUUAGCACCGUAG